AUGUAUAUCACAACCUUACCCCUUCUGCUCCUUACGCUCGUCUAUCGAUCAGCGUCAGGCACACCUAUUCCCGAUGAUCCAGCAGGUUUGAUACCCGACACAGUCCCCGUCCCAGAAGGUGCCGUCAAAGGUAGCUCGAUCUACUACUGCCCCCACAAUGAAGACCGAAACACUGGCCUAGGCACCUGCACUGCAGAAUAUCCGAUCCUCUCCCAUUGCAUGAAGACAUCUGAUCCGGCUGGAAUGAAGGGUCCCAUCUUCAUAUAUGGUGGCAUCGAAUGUAACUUCUUCGCGGAACCAGACUGCUCAACAGGCGGUAAAAAGAAGAGCUGGGCCGCAAAGGAUACCGAGUGGGCUAAUUCUGAGAAGCCUAUCAGGAAGUGGGAGGAGAAAUGGCCCUACAAGGCUUAUGCUUGCAAGUCGUUCUUUGCGAGUUAUAAUAUUCUGCCGUGA